UUCAUGGUGCUACAGUGACCUCAGUAUCUACUCUUCAUUCCCAGGAGGACCCACAUGUCUCAUAUUUAGACAUGAUGGCAAACUGGGUGGUAGCAAGACCUCUCCUAAUUCUUACUGUUUUAUUAGGGCACUGUGUCUCAAUAAAAGCCCAGGAACAAGAGAAUGAUGAAUAUGAUGAAGAAAUAGCCUGUACUCAAAAUGGCCAGAUGUAUUUAAAUAGAGACAUUUGGAAACCUUCUCCAUGUCAGAUCUGUGUCUGUGACAAUGGUGCCAUUCUCUGUGACCAGAUAAAGUGCCCAGAAGUGCUUAACUGUGCCAAUCCUACAGCACCCCCUGGGGAGUGCUGUCCUGUCUGCCCACAAACGUCUGGAGGUGGAGAUAAUAAUUUUGGUAGAGGAAGAAAGGGACAAAAAGGAGAACCAGGGUUAGUGCCUAUUGUAACGGGCAUACGUGGUCGUCCGGGGCCCGCAGGCCCUCCAGGAUCACAAGGACCAAGAGGGGACCGAGGCCCCAAAGGAAGACCUGGUCCUCGUGGUCCUCAGGGAAUUGACGGAGAGCCAGGUGUUCCUGGUCAGCCAGGUGCCCCAGGGCCUCCUGGGCAUCCCUCUCACCCAGGACCUGAUGGCAUGAGCAGGCCCUUUUCAGCUCAGAUGGCUGGGUUGGAUGAAAAAUCUGGACUUGGGAGUCAAGUAGGACUCAUGCCUGGCUCUGUGGGUCCUGUUGGUCCAAGGGGACCUCAAGGUUUACAAGGAAAACAAGGUGGUGUGGGGCCAGCAGGACCUCCUGGUGAGCCUGGCGAGCCUGGACCAAUGGGUCCAAUUGGCGCUCGUGGGCCGGAGGGACCGCCUGGGAAGCCUGGAGAAGAUGGUGAACCUGGAAGAAAUGGGAACACUGGUGAAGUGGGGUUUUCAGGAUCACCGGGUGCGAGAGGCUUCCCUGGUGCUCCUGGUCUCCCAGGCCUGAAAGGUCACCGAGGACAGAAAGGACUUGAAGGUCCCAAAGGUGAAGUUGGAGCAACUGGUGCUAAGGGUGAAGCUGGCCCCACUGGUCCAAUGGGCGCCAUGGGCCCUCUGGGACCAAGAGGAAUGCCAGGAGAGAGGGGAAGACUUGGGCCACAAGGUGCUCCUGGACAACGAGGUGCCCACGGUAUGCCUGGAAAACCUGGACCAAUGGGUCCCCUUGGGAUACCUGGCUCUUCUGGUUUUCCAGGAAAUCCUGGAAUGAAGGGAGAAGCAGGCCCUACUGGGGCCCGAGGCCCAGAGGGUCCUCAGGGGCAGAGAGGUGAAACUGGGCCUCCUGGUCCAGCCGGCUCCCAUGGUCUUCCCGGAGCAGUGGGAACUGAUGGUACACCUGGUGCCAAAGGCCCCACAGGCUCUGCUGGAACCUCUGGGCCCCCUGGCUUGUCAGGGCCUCCUGGCUCUCCUGGCCCUCAGGGCAGCACUGGACCACAGGGAAUCCGAGGACAACCGGGCGAUCCAGGAGUUCCAGGUUUCAAAGGAGAAGCUGGCCCAAAGGGGGAACCAGGGCCACAUGGAAUUCAGGGUCCCAUCGGCCCACCUGGUGAAGAAGGCAAAAGAGGUCCUCGAGGCGAUCCUGGCACAGUUGGUCCUCCAGGACCAAUGGGAGAAAGGGGUGCUCCUGGCAAUCGUGGUUUUCCAGGGUCUGAUGGUUUACCUGGACCAAAGGGUGCUCAAGGAGAGCGUGGGCCUGUAGGUUCCUCAGGACCUAAGGGAGGCCAGGGGGACCCAGGACGUCCAGGUGAACCUGGACUUCCAGGCGCUCGGGGCCUGACAGGAAAUCCUGGUGUUCAAGGUCCUGAAGGAAAACUUGGGCCUUUGGGUGCUCCUGGGGAAGAUGGCCGGCCAGGUCCUCCAGGCUCCAUUGGCAUCCGAGGGCAGCCUGGGAGCAUGGGCCUUCCGGGCCCCAAAGGUAGCAGUGGUGACCUUGGAAAACCAGGAGAAGCUGGGAAUGCUGGUGUGCCUGGGCAAAGGGGAGCUCCUGGCAAAGAUGGAGAAGUUGGUCCUUCAGGCCCCGUGGGACCCCCGGGCCUAGCUGGGGAAAGAGGAGAGCAGGGACCUCCGGGCCCUACUGGCUUUCAGGGACUUCCUGGGCCUCCAGGGCCUCCUGGUGAAGGUGGAAAGCCAGGUGAUCAAGGUGUUCCUGGAGAGCCUGGAGCAGUUGGCCCAUUAGGACCUCGGGGAGAAAGAGGGAAUCCGGGAGAAAGAGGAGAGCCGGGCAUAACCGGGCUGCCUGGGGAGAAAGGCAUGGCUGGAGGGCACGGCCCUGAUGGUCCAAAGGGCAAUCCAGGUCCCACUGGGACCAUUGGAGACACAGGACCACCAGGUCUUCAAGGCAUGCCAGGAGAGAGAGGAAUUGCAGGGACUCCUGGCCCUAAGGGUGACAGAGGUGGCAUAGGAGAGAAAGGUGCUGAAGGGACACCCGGAAAUGAUGGCGCAAGGGGUCUUCCAGGCCCCUUGGGCCCUCCAGGUCCAGCAGGCCCUACUGGAGAAAAGGGUGAACCUGGUCCUAGAGGUUUAGUUGGCCCUCCUGGCUCCCGUGGCAAUCCUGGUUCUCGUGGUGAAAAUGGUCCAACUGGAGCUGUUGGUUUUGCUGGACCCCAGGGUCCUGAUGGACAGCCUGGAGUCAAGGGUGAGCCUGGAGAGCCAGGGCAGAAGGGAGAUGCCGGGUCUCCUGGACCCCAAGGUCUAGCAGGAUCACCUGGCCCUCAUGGUCCUCAUGGCGUUCCUGGACUGAAAGGUGGUCGAGGAACCCAAGGCCCACCUGGUGCUACAGGAUUUCCUGGCUCUGCUGGCAGAGUUGGGCCUCCUGGCCCUGCUGGAGGUCCAGGGCCUGCAGGACCUAUAGGAGAGCCUGGGAAGGAAGGACCUCCUGGUCUUCGUGGGGACCCUGGCUCUCAUGGGAGAGUGGGCGAUAGAGGACCAGCUGGCCCACCUGGUGCCUCAGGAGACAAAGGGGACCCAGGAGAAGAUGGACAACCUGGUCCAGAUGGCCCCCCUGGUCCUGCUGGUACCACGGGGCAAAGAGGAAUUGUUGGAAUGCCUGGACAACGUGGGGAGCGAGGCAUGCCUGGCCUUCCUGGGCCAGCGGGCACACCAGGAAAAGUAGGACUGACUGGUGCUACAGGAGAUAAAGGUCCCCCUGGACCAGUAGGACCGCCAGGCUCCAAUGGUCCUGUAGGGGAACCUGGACCAGAAGGUCCAGCAGGUAAUGACGGUACCCCAGGACGGGACGGUGCUGUCGGAGAACGGGGUGAUCGUGGAGACCCCGGACCGGCAGGUCUACCGGGAUCUCAGGGCGCCCCUGGGACUCCUGGCCCUGUUGGUGCACCAGGAGAUGCGGGACAAAGAGGAGAUCCAGGUUCUCGGGGCCCCGUAGGACCACCUGGGCGAGCUGGAAAACGUGGUUUACCUGGGCCACAAGGACCUCGAGGUGACAAGGGUGACAAUGGAGACAGAGGUGACAGAGGCCAGAAGGGCCACCGAGGCUUCACUGGCCUGCAAGGUCUUCCUGGCCCUCCUGGUCCAAAUGGCGAACAAGGGAGUGCUGGUAUUCCUGGUCCUUUUGGCCCAAGAGGUCCACCUGGACCAGUAGGUCCUUCAGGCAAAGAAGGGAACCCUGGGCCACUUGGACCAAUUGGACCUCCUGGUGUACGAGGCAGUGUAGGAGAAGCAGGACCAGAGGGUCCUCCUGGUGAACCUGGGCCUCCUGGCCCUCCAGGUCCCCCUGGCCAUCUUACUGCUGCUCUUGGUGAUAUCAUGGGCCACUAUGAUGAGAACAUGCCAGAUCCACUUCCAGAGUUUACUGAAGACCAGGCGGCUCCUGAUGACACAAACAAAACUGAUCCUGGGGUUCAUGCUACCCUGAAGUCUCUCAGCAGUCAGAUUGAAACCAUGCGCAGCCCCGAUGGAUCCAAGAAGCACCCAGCCCGGACAUGUGAUGACUUAAAGCUUUGUCAUUCCACAAAGCCUAGUGGUGAAUAUUGGAUUGAUCCUAACCAGGGAUCAGCUGAAGAUGCAAUCAAAGUUUACUGCAAUAUGGAAACAGGAGAGACAUGCAUUUCAGCAAAUCCAGCCAGCGUUCCACUGAAAACCUGGUGGGCCAGCAAGUCCCCUGACGAUAAGCCUGUGUGGUAUGGUCUCGACAUGAACAGAGGGGCUCAGUUCACCUAUGGAGAUUACCAGUCACCUAAUACAGCUGUUACUCAGAUGACCUUCCUGCGCCUUUUAUCAAAAGAAGCCUCCCAGAACAUUACUUACAUCUGUAGGAACACUGUGGGAUACAUGGAUGAUAAAACCAAAAGUCUCAAGAAAGCUGUGGUCCUUAAAGGGUCAAACGACUUAGAAAUCAAAGGAGAAGGAAACAUUAGAUUCAGAUACACAGUUCUUCAGGAUACUUGUUCCAAGCAAAAUGGAAAUGUGGGCAAGACUAUAUUUGAAUACAGAACACAGAAUGUGGCCCGCUUGCCCAUCAUAGAUCUUGCUCCUGUGGAUAUUGGCAGCCCAGACCAGGAAUUUGGCAUCGAAAUUGGGCCAGUUUGUUUCAUGUAACAGAAGCCCAGAAUCAUUGACAAUGAGCACUACCAUCAAUGACCACCACCCUUCACAAGAACUUUGACUGUUUGAAGUUGAUCCUGAGACUCUUGAAGUAAUGGCUGGUCCUGCAUCAGCUUUGUACAUAUGGUCUGAAGUGCCUGGUCACCUUAUUCUUCAGAAUAUUUAUUUUACUUACAAUCCUCAAGUUUAAUUGACUUAAAAUAUUUUUCAAUUUGAUGGUUUAGAUUUAAAACAAUCAAUGACAAUGACCACCUUUACAAAAAAAGUAAACUGAUUAAAAAAUAAA